UUUAUUUUCCAUUUUUUUUCCACCAAUGGACAAUAUAUAAAUGUGGGAAUACUCUCUCUCGCCUCUCGGUGUCUCCAUUGAUCGAUGCGGGCCGUCUGUUCAUUGUUCCAUACAGGCUUCACCUUCUUCGAUCCCGCCCUCCAAAACCCUAUUUUCUCUCCCAUCUCCCCAAUUUUCUAUGGAUCUCUUCAAAUCCGUUUUCUCCGAAUACGAUCACCCACAGCCUGAUCCGCCCGACUGCGAUCUGGCGGACCCGGAUCCUUCGCCUUCGUGGAGCUUCGGCGGUCUGAUCAAAACCUUAGCGACCAAAUCCGAGUCUGUGAUCGGUUCCUACCGCCGUGAUUUCGAGGAAUUUGGAUCUGAGUUGAAGAAGGAGACCUCCAUAAUCCGUGAAGUUGCCUCGCGUGCCGUCAAGGACUUACCUCAGUCCCUCGAGAUCGGAGCGUCCGUUGCCCAGGAGUCGCUAGAGUCGGUGGGGCAGGCGAUCGACGAUAUCGGUGCCUCCGUCUGGAAAUCAACGGCCCAGAUCAUCUCCCACGGUAGGGAAUCUCUCGCAUCUUCAUCGGAAGAUUCUGGUCUGGAUUCUUCCGGCUAUCGUGUUGAUGUUGCUGGUAGUAGUAGUCAGGGUUUAGUUGUGAAACCGUAUAGUCGUUUUGAGAUGCAGUUGCUUGCGGUUCAAUCUGAUAGAGGCACGUAUUGCAGAGAGCCUGAUGACUCAGAGGACUUCGAGAAUUGGAAAUUGGGGUUUAAGGUAGUCGAGAAAAGCAACGAAAUUGAUGAUCUGAUAAACGAAAACAAGUCCGUGAAAGAGAUUUACGAUGAGAUAAUGCCUGCGGAAGUGGAUGCCGAGACAUUCUGGUGUAGGUACUUCUAUAGGGUGCAUAAGCUUCAGCAAGCAGAAGAAGCUAGAGCUAAGCUUGUGCAAAGAGCGAUUUCUGGAGAAGAAGAGGAUCUAAGCUGGGAUUUCGACGACGAUGAAGAUGAGACUGAUGGGUCUUUGCCGAAAUGCAACUCAAAUGACAACCCUUCAACUGCGAACGAGAAUCUGAAAGAAAAGGCAAUUGACAAAGACGAGGAGAGAGAUCCAGAAAAAGCGGUGUUGAUGGAGAAGUUGGAGAGCAGAGACUCUUCAUGCAAGGACAGCGAUAUCUCAGUGGUCUCAACACAACCCUCGUUACCCGAGGUCGAAGAUCUCGGGUGGGAUCAGCUUGAAGACGAUAUUGGGAGCAAUGAGGAGAGGAGGGACUCGGUUGCCUCCCAAGGGAGUGGCGAGAAAGCUGAUUGGCGUAACAGGAUCAUUGUUGCAGACGAAGGAGAGGAUUUGAGCUGGGACAUUGAAAAUGGAGAUGAUGAUGAAUCAACAAAACGAUAACGAAUCCCUUUUCUGAACAAGAAUUGCAUAGUCAGUUAUUGAAUUCAAGUGUCAUAUCAACAGAUUAGUGAUGCAGUGGAAGUUGUUUGCUAAAACAAGAUUCUUCUGUGAUCAAGAACCGCAAAGUUUGAUGUUUGGUUCAUGUGUCAGAGUCUCAUAUAUAGGGCUUGUUAACGUGCACAUACCUGUGUGGGAUUUGCACAUUAAAAUGAUUCUUUUUCUUCACGAUACGCACAGGUGUAUGCUUUACUGUGAUCUAUGAAUAUAUAAAGUCCAUGCAGUGUUUCUGCUC